AUGGCGUUCGCUGGAAUCACGACUUCAACAUAUCCAACUUUUCUUCGGCCAAAGAUCUCUAAGACAAGUUUACGUUCGGUGGCUCCAUGUAAUUCCAUUUCGUUUCCUCGUUUGUCAAACGUGAAUCUCAAUCGGAGAAAUCGCCUUUAUGUUCGAUCUUCUUCAGUUCCAGUGGCACCUGCAAUGGAGGGACUGAAGCCGGCGAUAUUGCUGACAGAUAAGGCACUUAAGCAUUUGAGUAAGAUGAGAUCAGAACGCGGAGAAGAUUUGUGCUUGAGAAUUGGUGUCAAACAGGGAGGAUGCUCGGGGAUGUCUUACACGAUGGACUUCGAGAACAGAGCAAACGCAAGACCAGAUGAUUCCACCAUUGAAUACGAAGGAUUCACUAUAGUUUGUGAUCCGAAGAGCAUGCUCUUCCUUUUCGGAAUGCAGCUCGAUUACAGCGAUGCUUUGAUCGGUGGAGGCUUCAAUUUCUCGAACCCUAACGCUACACAAACCUGUGGAUGUGGGAAGUCUUUUGCUGCCGAGAUGUAA